CGCCGAGGCCACGCACGCCAUCGCCGCCUCUAUCUCCGCCUCCUCGUCGUCCUCCCUCCCUCGCUCUCUCUCUCUCCCCACCAACCAAUAGAGACCGGCUCUAAAUACCAGUCCAUCCGGGAGCAGCGUAUCUUGCUUAGAUUCUUGGCAGGCUUGCUUAGGCAGCCGCAGCCGGCUUUGCUCCUGUCCGGGGCGCGGAGGACUCCGAACUCCGGAGGGCGGAGGAGCCGAAGCGUCGGCGGCGGGGCUCGCGAUCGAGCGGGGAGGCGAGGGCGCAUGCGCGGGCACGAGGACGACGAGGAGGAGCAUGAGCCCCAGCCGGGGUGCGGGGAGGGGGCGGGGCAGGCGGCGGCCAACUGCGCGGCGGUGUGCUGCUGCUGCCCGCUGGCGCUGCUCGACAUGCUGCUGCUCGUCACCGUCAAGCUCCCCGCGGGUGUCAUGCGGCGGGUGAGGAGGAGGAGGAGUCGCCACCGCGACCGCGUCAGCCGCAAGAAGCGGUCCGCGACGGCGGCGGCGGUGGAGCCCGCGUCGCCGUCGGGGAGCAGCGGCAAGGCGAUGAUCGGCGCGGCCUCGUCGUCGCAGCUGGAGACCGAGGAAGAGGAGGAGGCGCGCGGCGAGGCGGCGGCCGCCGCGGAGCUGGAGCGCGAGAUCAUGAGCUCCCGGUUCUACGGCGCCGGCUUCUGGCGCAGCGUCUCCUCCGGCUCCAGCUCCUCCGCCUCCAUGCGCUACCAAUAGCAGCCAGCGCCGCCUCUCCUCCUCGCGAUUUUGUUGGGUACGUAGCGAUCAGUUCUUGAGGCUUCGGCGUUCGUUCUUGGGGUGCCAAGUCAUUUGGCCGUGCACUUGGUCUUGAUCGACACGUGCGAAUCCGAUCCGUGUGGAUUGGACUGUUGGAUUCGUACGCCAUUGUUCUGGGCUUGGACCACACCAGCAGCGGCGGCAGUAUGCGAUAGAGGCGACCAAAACGGGUGGUACUGGCCCCACAUGUAAGUCGCUGCUUAGAUCUUCUCAUUUUCUUUGUCCCUGUGAGAACCAGCAAAUGCUGGUUUUUGAACAAUCUGUCGCUACUGAUUGUGGGGCCAUUCAAUAGGAGGUUCGUUUGCACA